GUGGUGAGUGGAUGUGUGAGUGAGAGUGGCUGGAGCACGAUUGUCGGUGAGUUUUCCAAACUUUUCUUUUUUCGCACCGGUGAGGGUUUUUCAGGACUUGUACUGGUUAUUUUUUUCUUUUUUCUUUCUGGUACACUGUUACAAUAAGCACUUUUUAUUAGUAGACAGGCAACGUUUUUUUAAAGAGGGCGACCAGCUUUGCUGGUCGGUAUGCCAACGUCCCUAGGUGGUGAGCGGCUCACUCGGAGAAAUGGCAUUAAAGCCGCCCCGAGUGUGCCGUGCUCGGUAGAAGAGUGCAUAUUAGCGAUAGCGAAGGUGGUUGGACACGAGUGUAUUAAAUUCGCGUCAAGAAUGAAUAAAGGAAUCGUGGUGUUUCUCGACAGCAUUGACAAAGUUAAUGCCGUAGUUGAACAAGGAAUUGUUGUUAAGGAAACUUUUACCGUGGUGCUUCCUCUCGUCAACCCGGCGAGACGGAUUACUUUGUCAAAUAUGCCGCCUAUGGUUACCAAUGAAAUGCUAACGCAAGCGUUGUCACGUCACGGUAAAAUAGUUACCCCGAUUAAGAAACUUUCCGGUGGUUUUCAGUCCCCGCUUUUAAAGCACGUUAUGUCUUUCAGAAGUCAAGUGCACAUGAUUUUAAACGAUGAUACGGAUCAUUUCUCAAUGUCGUUUAAUUUUAGGAUUGACAAUUUUGACUAUACUGUGUAUGCGACUUCUGAUAGCUUGAGAUGCUUUGUGUGCAACUGUGUAGGUCAUUUAGCUAGAUCCUGUCCGAACAGGGAGCCUGCUGCAGAUGAGCCUGCUGGCCCGUCUUCUUCCGGAGCAGGGGAAGCGCAAACAAACUCAGAUCAGGGGAGUAAUGAUAAUACUGAUAGUGUUGUGUCUGAAACAAUAGAAGGGGUUGUAGGAAAAGGGGGGGAGAAGGUAGCAGAGGAGGAAAAUGAACAAGGGGCUUCUCAAGCAGAUAGCAUGGUUGGGGAGGAGGUGAAUGAACAAGGGGCUUCUCAAGUAGAUAGCAUGGUUGGGGAGGAGGUGAAUGAACAAGGGGCUUCUCAAGUAGAUAGCAUGGUUGGGGAGGAGGUGAAUGAACAAGGGGCUUCUCAAGUAGAUAGCAUGGCUGGGGAGGAGGUAAAUGAACAAGGGGCCGCGCAAGCAGAUAGCAUGGUUACAGCCAUAGUUGAGGGUGGGGGGCCUGAGGAGGAAGAGAGUGAGAGUGUUUUCAAGAUACCAACAGUUAAAAGGAAAAGUUCACGUACAGCAGGACGUAUUGCAAAAACAAAAAAAGUAGACCAACAAACACCAGAUGAGAGAGUGGAGAGACAGGAUCUCACUUCUAGUGUUGCAGACUCUAGUGAGGACGAGUAUUUUUCAGACUCCUCUACAGCUAGUGGGCUUGAGCAGCCUACAGGUGGCUACACGAUUGAACAGAUAAUGAAGUUUCUGAAAACAACUAAGAAUCAAAAGAACAUUCAGAUUAAUGAACAUUUUCCUGAUCUGAGGCUAUUUGUCAGAUCUGUAAAGGCUCACAUGAGCAUCAAAGGGCAGGCAGCUUUUCCCAGUCCUGAGGUUUACAGAGUUUUAAAGUUUUUGCAAAAGGCAAAGGAACAAAUCAAGCUAAAUGAUGAUACUCAGACAUAGGCAAACUCCCCCUUUUCUCUGUUCAGUAUUUCUAAUGCUGUUUUAUUUGUUCUUUAUUACUCUACCAUACAUGGCAGAGGCUAGGAUAGCAACACUUAACCUGAAUGGGGCGAGGGAUGGUAGAAAGAGGGGAAUUUUUUUCCAGUUAUUAAAGCAAAAACACAUUGAUGUUACCUUUGCUCAAGAGACACACAGUGAUACUGGUAAUGAGGCUGACUGGAGGAAGGAGUG